CCCACUACUAAACCCCCAUCCGGACCUCGAACAAAACCCUCCGUCCAUCCAGAACUGCGAGACAGUUUCUUUCUCAUCCAUAUCGUCUUCCCUCCCAUCCCAAGCAAGCUGCCUGUUCCCUCCCCCCGCACAACCCCCCGCCAAUAGUAAACAGAACACCCCCGCCCCCUCCCCGCCAAAAUGUCGUACUACGCCGAUGUGCCGCAAUACCAAUACGCCAGUGCGCCCGCCCCUCCCCCACCCAUGGACGCAACAUACGUAGUGCCACCGCCGCCUCCAUCGGCCUUCUCCCCGCACUCCGACUACUAUGCGCCCAACUCCCCGCUCGUCGUCGCCGCGUCCCCAGCGCCGUCCGCCAUGCACAGCCGCAGCAACUCGCACGCGCGCGGCGAAUACGUCGCCGGCGAGCGGGUGUACCUCGCACCCGGCGGCUACGGGGGCGCACUCGGCCGCAGCGGGUCCGAGCGGGGCCGACGCAGCGGCGGCGGCGGCCAGAUCGUUGUCGACAGCCGCCGCGCGCUGUCCCGUCCCAGGUCCGAGAAACAGUACUACGACACCCAGUCUAGGCAGAAGAAGUACUACGUCGACGACGAUAACUACUCGCAGUACAGCACUAGCAGCUACGGCGGCGCAGGCGACUCCAGGGAUCACUCGCGCGAUGUGUCCAGGCACCGACGGCAUUCGAGAACUCCUAGCUGCGCGAGCAACGAGAGCUACGAUGAUCGGUAUGCGGUCGGCGUGUACCGCCCCUCCCGCCAGGAGGAGGAGUUGACAGAGAAGUUGAAGGAGGUCCAGAAGCAGCUGGAGAAGGUGCAGGUCGAUGCCGAGAAGAAGCGGAUGCAGGACGAGCAGGCAAGGCUCGAGAAGCUGCGCGAGCAGGAGAUCGAGCGGAAGGUGCAGGAGCAGAUCAAGAUCCAGAGAACGAAGGAGGAAGAGAAGGCGAGGAAGGAGAAGGAGAAGAUGGAGUCCGAGAAGAAGAGGAUUGCCGAUGCUGCCAAGCAGUUGCUCGAGCAACAGGCGGCUGCCGCGGCCGCGGCGAAGGCGGCGAAGGAGAAGGAGGAGAUGGAAUUGAAGAUGAAGAUCGACGCCGCCCUCCAGGAGGAGCGAUCCAAGUACAAUGCCGCUCAGUCGGGCAAGAAGACAUACACCCGCUUCAGCAAAGUGCAUCUAUGCAAGGAAGCACUGGAGGAGAGGGGGAUUCCUUUCACCGAAGAGGCUGAUUACUUCCUCGUCCACCGCUUCGUCGAGAAGACUGAGCAGCAGUACCUCUGGGCACGAACGAAGGAAAUCCGAGCCUACUAUCAACAAAUCCAAGAAGCCGCCGACAAGGCUCCCACUGUUCCCGGUCCCAAUGGUGGCUACGUCAAGUAUGUCCAGAUCGCUGGCCAGCCAUACCCCAUGGCUCUGCCAGUAACAAUCACACACAUGCCUGGUGGAGGCCAGACACAGCGUGUCGAUCCCAUCAAGAUCAAGUGGAGCGACAUCUUCAAGGCCAAAUAAACUGACGGUUGUGUGUCGCGUACGCAGCCGUUGGCGCCGCUAAACUCGGGUUGCAACAAGCUACGCGCCUCGGUUGUCGUAAUCAACACACUGGGAAUGCACGAUGUCUCUUGUUUUUUGUUUUUAUUUAUGCUUCUGGCUAGAGAGCUUUAUGUUUUGUGCUUUUAUGUUUCUUCGAUCCAAGGGUCGACAAGAAAGGUGGAGAGGAUGGUAUGGGGAGUUUUCUACGUGUUAUGUAUGUCUGUCUGUUUUACUAUGUCCUGGAUGAUUUAUUUGUUAUGAUGGUGUUUUGUGUCGUUUGGCUUGUGGCUUGCUUGCUUGUUCGCUAUAUCUGCGGUUCAUUGGUUUAUAUAUCUCACGAUUGUGAAAUUUGGAUUUGGAUUGGAUGGAUUUGGAUGUGUG